UCGCACCCUCUCAGCAUCCAUCCUCGAGAUUUCUCUUCCCUGCUAACGCCGACGCGGCGCGGCCCUACAAUCGUACAUGCUCAUGAAGAUCGGGUGCGACGCGUGCGGGCAGGCGGAGGCCGCGGUGCUGUGCUGCGCCGACGAGGCCGCGCUGUGCCGCCGCUGCGACGCCGCCGUGCACUCCGCCAACAAGCUCGCCGGCAGGCACCACCGCGUCGCGCUCCUCUCCUCGACGACGCCGGCCGGCUCGUCCUCGCCCGGCACCGGCGACGACGGCGGGAGCCACCCCGCCUGCGACAUCUGCCAGGAGAAAACGGGAUACUUCUUCUGUGUGGAGGACAGAGCCCUCCUAUGCAGAAGCUGCGACGUCGCCGUCCACACCGCGACUCCCCAUGCUUCCACCCACCGUCGAUUCCUCAUCACCGGCGUCCGCGUCGGUGUUGAUCAGGAUCACAUCGGCGAUGUCAGUGGCGCCACAGUCGUCAGCCCCAGCAGCAGCAGUGCCAACGGAAGCAAUAGCAUGCCCACCUCCGAGAACUUCGCCAUUGCCAACGGCCAGAGGUCGGAGGACGGUGCGGGGCUGAUUGGGGGAGGAGAAGACGACAUUGGCCAGCAACAGCAAUGGCCUUGGAGCGAUAUUUUUGCUGACGAUGGCGUUGGCAUGGAUCAGCACCAGUGCUACCCUGGCUUCUCUGAACCUGGUUCCUCCAGCCUCACUGGAUGAUGAAAGCUCCACUUAUAUGGAUUAAUUACGUUAUCUGUUCCAUAUAAUACUCCCUCCUUUUCUAAAUAUAAGUCUUUUAAUCGAUUUUAUUGAAAUCUAUACAGAGCAAAAUAUUUGAAUGUAUAUUUUAAAAUA